ACAAAUCCCAUGGAUCUGCUUUAAAUCACUCAGAAGACAACGCAGGCAGAGCAUAGCGCUGCACAUCUACGCAUCCUUCCAUUUCUUAAAUUAGCCACAUUAAGCUUCGAGAUACCGCCACCAAUUUCAGUGUCGGUACGGAGCCGCCAGGCCGGGACUGAGACGGAGAGAGAGCCCUCGGCCAUGGAAGCGCUCGGACCCGGCCCGCCUGCCCCUACCUCCCUCUUCCAGCCACCACGCCGACCUGGCUUGGGUACGGUGGGGAAGCCGAUUCGCCUGCUGGCCAAUCACUUCCAGGUGCAGAUCCCCAAGAUCGAUGUCUACCAUUAUGACAUCGACAUCAAGCCUGAAAAGCGACCUCGAAGGGUCAACAGAGAGGUGGUAGAUACAAUGGUGAGACAUUUUAAGAUGCAGAUCUUUGGGGACAGCCAACCUGGUUAUGAUGGCAAGAGGAAUAUGUACACGGCUCACCCGCUACCCAUCGGGAGAGACAGGGUGGAUCUGGAGGUAACAUUGCCAGGUGAGGGGAAGGAUCAGACCUUCAAGGUGUCUCUGCAGUGGGUGUCAGUGGUGAGUCUGCAGAUGCUGUUGGAAGCUCUGUCUGGUCACCUGAAUGAGGUUCCUGAGGACUCUGUACAGGCUUUGGAUGUAAUCACUCGCCACCUGCCCUCCAUGCGAUACACUCCCGUAGGUCGUUCCUUCUUCUCUCCACCAGAGGGGUACUAUCACCCGCUGGGAGGUGGGAGGGAGGUGUGGUUUGGCUUCCAUCAGUCUGUCCGUCCAGCAAUGUGGAACAUGAUGCUCAACAUAGAUGUGUCUGCCACAGCCUUCUACCGAGCCCAGCCCGUCAUUGAGUUCAUGUGUGAGGUUUUGGACAUCCAGAACAUCAACGAGCAGACAAAGCCCCUCACAGAUUCACAACGUGUCAAGUUCACCAAGGAGAUCCGAGGACUGAAAGUGGAGGUCACACAUUGUGGUCAGAUGAAGAGGAAGUAUCGUGUGUGCAACGUAACACGUCGCCCAGCCAGCCAUCAGACAUUUCCUUUGCAGCUCGAGAACGGACAGGCUAUGGAGUGCACGGUUGCACAGUAUUUCAAGCAAAAGUACAGCCUGCAACUCAAAUACCCCCAUCUGCCCUGCCUCCAGGUGGGGCAGGAACAGAAGCACACCUACUUACCCCUUGAGGUUUGUAAUAUUGUGGCAGGACAGCGUUGUAUAAAGAAACUAACAGAUAAUCAGACCUCCACAAUGAUCAAAGCUACAGCCCGCUCAGCCCCAGACCGACAGGAAGAGAUCAGCAGACUGGUGAAGAGCAACAGCAUGGUGGGCGGGCCCGACCCUUACCUGAAAGAGUUCGGCAUCGUAGUGCAUAACGAUAUGACAGAGGUGACCGGGCGGGUCCUCCCAGCGCCCAUGCUUCAAUAUGGGGGCCGGGUGAGUACAGACACUGGGAGGGACUGUAGCAGGGGACUCUCUCCUCAGAACAAGACGGUGGCCACUCCCAACCAGGGUGUCUGGGACAUGAGGGGAAAGCAGUUUUAUGCGGGUAUAGAGAUCAAGGUGUGGGCCGUGGCCUGCUUCGCCCCUCAGAAACAAUGCCGGGAGGAUCUGCUCAAGAGUUUCACUGACCAGCUGCGCAAGAUCUCCAAGGACGCAGGGAUGCCCAUCCAAGGCCAGCCCUGCUUCUGCAAGUAUGCCCAGGGAGCAGACAGCGUCGAGCCAAUGUUCAAGCACCUCAAAAUGUCUUACGUGGGACUACAGCUCAUUGUGGUCAUUCUGCCUGGAAAAACGCCUGUCUAUGCGGAGGUGAAGCGUGUGGGAGAUACUCUGCUGGGAAUGGCCACUCAGUGUGUGCAGGUGAAGAACGUGGUGAAGACAUCCCCUCAGACACUGUCCAAUCUCUGCCUCAAGAUCAACGCCAAACUGGGAGGCAUCAACAACGUGCUGGUGCCGCAUCAGAGGCCCUCCGUGUUCCAGCAGCCAGUCAUCUUCUUGGGGGCAGAUGUCACUCACCCUCCUGCUGGUGAUGGUAAGAAACCAUCAAUUGCGGCUGUGGUGGGAAGCAUGGAUGGGCACCCCAGCCGCUACUGUGCCACUGUUCGAGUGCAGACCUCGCGCCAGGAUCUGUCCCAGGAACAGCUUUUCAGCCAGGAGGUCAUCCAGGACCUAACUAACAUGGUGCGAGAGCUGCUCAUUCAGUUCUACAAGUCAACACGUUUCAAGCCCACACGCAUCAUCUACUACCGUGGAGGAGUGUCUGAGGGACAGAUGAAGCAGGUUGCAUGGCCAGAGCUGAUCGCCAUUAGGAAAGCAUGCAUCAGUCUAGAGGAAGACUACAGACCGGGAAUCACCUACAUCGUAGUGCAGAAGCGCCACCACACCCGACUCUUUUGCUCUGACAAAGCCGAGAGGGUCGGUAAGAGUGGCAAUGUCCCAGCAGGCACUACGGUGGACAGCACCAUCACACACCCCUCAGAGUUUGACUUCUACCUGUGCAGCCAUGCUGGUAUCCAGGGCACCAGUCGUCCCUCGCACUAUCACGUCUUGUGGGAUGACAACUGUUUCACGGCUGAUGAACUGCAGCUGUUGACCUACCAGCUGUGCCACACCUAUGUGCGCUGCACCCGCUCCGUCUCCAUCCCCGCACCAGCCUACUAUGCCCGGCUUGUGGCAUUCCGUGCCCGCUACCACUUAGUGGACAAAGACCAUGACAGUGCUGAGGGCAGUCACGUAUCAGGACAGAGUAAUGGCCGGGAUCCUCAGGCUCUGGCUAAGGCGGUCCAGAUUCACUAUGACACCCAGCACACCAUGUACUUCGCCUGAUGUCCACCAGCAGGAGACGCACCUCUAAACUCCUCCUUCAAUCUCUCUCUUUCUCUUCCUUUAUCUCUAUCGCGUCUUCAUCUGCAGCAAAGCAGUUUUAAAGCCAGGGGGCCCAUCUGUCAGUCCAGUUGAAAUUAUGGUCUGCCCCGAAGAACCAACUUUUACCAGCAGUCCUGCACUGAGAGGCUUCCGACCUCCAAUGCACAGAAAAGAAAAAAAAAUCCAAUGGAGCCAUUUUUAACUUUUUAUUUGUUUGAUUUUUGAAUGUCUUUUUAAUUUGUAAUAUACACUGAGUGUGAGCAAACCUGCGCCAUUGGUCAGGGCAGCUCUGGCUCUCUCAGCUAAGCUGGACUCUGUCUACUUUUACCUCAAGCCGCCAUUGGCUCAAUCUUGUCAUGUCUUUUGGGGAGGGGUGGGGGCUUGCAUGUAAGUGAGGGGAGGGGUUGACUUGGAUGGAUUAGUUUUUUCUCCUUUUUAUGAUCGUAUUUGGACUCUCCUCUCAGUCUUAUACAAACGAGGUGACCUGAGUAUACAUGCCCAUUACCUGCUCCCAUUGUGUGUGUAUUUGUGUGUGAAGUGCUUGGGGGGUGAAUGGAGGAUUGUGUAUGCAUGUUUGUAAUGUGUGUGUGUGUGUGUGUGUGUGUGUGUGUGUAUUCAUAUUCAUGUCUCAUGGCAGGCCACUGAAUUGUAAAGGGAAAUCUAGGAGCAAACUGCUGUAAAUGCGUCUUUUUUUUAAUAUAUAUAUAUAUAUAUAUAUAUAUAUAUUAACACACAGAUAUAUAAAAAGUAUAUAAAUAUUUACAACUCUAUAAGCAUAUUCCAUUUGACUGUUUAACAGGCUUUCAUAAGCUGGUGGUUUUGUGUAGCAGUAGCAUUACCCAUAGUCUCCUCUGCUUGACUGUUGGGAGUGUUGGACCUGGGUUAACAAGGCGUGGUACAGGUGCCAUUCCGCCUGUGGCAAGACUUGAAACACAUAUGUCUUGUUUGAAUGGUUAAUUUACAGGGUUUAAAGGUAUGGCCAUUGCACAGCUACGGGCGUAGCGCUAGCGUUGUUCUGGCGGCACUGUCUGAAAGGCUAGGCAUGCAACAUACAGCACUCUCCCUUUUAUGCAUUUAUACAUAAGAUUCAAAUCAGAUUUGUAAGAAUUUAAUAUAAAGGUUUUUUUUAGUUUUCUUUUUUUUUGGUAAACUUUAGAGUAGAUAAUCGUCGUUUUUGUCGUUAAAGAUUAUAUUGAUCAGUUGUCUGAAAAUCAGUUGUUACUAAUUAAUCCAGGAGUCAUAGUGGUCGUAAACAAAGAAUAAAUUUUUUUUUCAUAUAGCUUAAGUUCUUGUAGCUGUUGUGGCUGUGGAAAUCAGGGCCCAAAUGCUUUGGUUUGUCCUUUUACAAGUUUUGAUCAAAGUUUGAGUUUUAGCUUAUUUCUAUACCAAGCGCAUCGACUAAUGACAAAAAGAGGAGUGACAAAUUAGACUUUUGGGGGGAAUACUAGCAAUGUUCAACAGUUCUAUGAAUUUUACACUUAAAAGUGUGUUUAUUACUUCUGUGUGUGUGUAUGAACUUGAAUCUGUAAUAUAAAUCAGAAUGACUUUGUUUUUGUUUUUCUCUCCACGUAUACAAGAUAGGACACCAUACAUUUAAGACACACAAGCAUAAGCACUGCCUUUGGACUGAACAGCACAGUCAGAAGAUACUAGACCUAACUCCAAGAUGGUGUGGUUCGAAGGGACUCCAGCAUGCACGCCUCUUCAGGGGGACUGCUCUGCAAAAACCAUUUUGUAAUAAACCAUCCGUUAAACAGCAGGUUUGCUAUGAAUGAGUUUGAGCACCAGCCUGUUGGUGGCGUGGACGCUGGGCCCAUGAAAGAAGUGGGCAAGAGCAUCACAUGCAAUAAGCUGGAUUUUAGCAUUGGACAUGUCGAAUGCUAAAUAGGUUACUUUUGAAGUCAUGGCUUCCAGAUAAUACCGCGUUUGACUGUAGUAUACGUGUCUUUUUUAGGCAGUUUACUAAAUUGUUACAUGGCAUUAAUUCCAGUUUCUAUCAUGAUAUCAUUGCAAAGCAAUAUAACCUGAAAUUUAGAACAAUUUUAAAGCUGUAAUACUUUUCGUCAAUGUGGCUGUUGGUUGAAUUCUUAUUGCCGUUUUUGUUUAUGUACUUAUUUUGCUUGUAUCAAUCAGUGGGGACGUGCAUAUGUGGACUAGCUCUUUAGACUCUGUGGACAAUUUCAAAUUUAUACUGUGCUUGCCUGCAUGCCAGAGUAUUGCUCUAAUCUCUUAUAAAAUAUUUAUUACGACACAGAGAAUUUUUGUUUUCUAUUUGUAAUUCAAUACAGUGAGACUGUUUUGAGUAGCGAUGUUGUCCAGUCUCUUUUACAAGAUUUUAAAAUUCCUCCAAAUGCCAGUAACUCGUCGAGGGCCUGAUGUGGGUGCAGAAGGGGUGAGGGGCACCAGUCUUUUGGGAGCUCCACCCAAAACGAGGUACUUUCUUCAAUCACAGGGCUGCUAAGACUGUGGCUGAGUUUGGAAUGGCGUACUACCAUACUACUCUUACUAUCCUGCCAUUGACGCAAAUGGCAAAAGUAGUAUGGAUGGUAUGCCAUUCCGAACUCAGCCUGUCUUCCUCACCCCUUCCUUUCUUCGCCUGCUGUCUUGUUCCCUCUUUGCUCUCCGGCUCUCCAGUGCUGUGGCACCGCCCUGGUGGCACCUCCACACGUGCACUUCCUCUCUGCAUGUGGUGGGCCCGAGGGUUCACUGCACAAGGAUUACCUCCUAACUUUUUUUUUUUUUUUUUUUACUCUCUGCCCCAAUUUAAAGAGAGCAUGAGUUUUUUUUUUUUUUAUUAAUAUUAUUAUUCCUAUUUGAUAUAUAUGGCUUUGUUAUUUGAAAAUUGUGUAUUGUAAUUAAAAAAAAAAAAAAAAAAACAUUAUUUUCUCUUACUGGUGCGUAGCCUUUUUGUGCUGUUCUUUUCUCGUGUUCUGAGCUGUGUGAUUUGUCCAAUAGCAAUAGUGGGCACUCUUUCUUUGACCUGCUGGGGAAUUACUCCGGACUCCUGUAGCUUCUAUCCAAGUGUCCUGUCAGUUGCUGUAUUGCUUUGACAUUUUAAAGAAAAUCUCCCCUUUUUUUUUAGCCUGCAGGGAAUAUGUGUUAUUGUGUAAAGUAAUAAAUUGGUAUUUUACGCCCAAAACACA